CCCGGGUGCUUCCGGUUUCUCCGCGGAGCUGCCUCGGGGACUCGCUUGGGCUUUUCAUGGAAGAGAUGUCAGGAGAAAGCGUGGUGAGCUCAGCAGUGCCGGCAGCUGCGACUCGCACCACCUCCUUCAAAGGGACCAGCCCGAGCUCCAAGUAUGUCAAACUGAAUAUUGGUGGAGCCCUCUACUACACCACAAUGCAGACCCUGACCAAGCAGGACACCAUGCUUAAGGCCAUGUUCAGCGGCCGCAUGGAGGUUCUCACCGACAGUGAAGGCUGGAUUCUGAUCGACCGCUGUGGCAAACACUUCGGGACAAUAUUAAAUUACCUGCGUGAUGGGGCCGUGCCUCUUCCCGAGAGCCGGAGAGAGAUUGAAGAGCUGCUGGCUGAGGCAAAGUAUUACCUGGUUCAGGGUCUGGUGGAUGAGUGCCAGGCAGCUCUACAGCAGAACAAAGAUGCAUACGAGCCAUUCUGCAAAGUGCCAGUCAUCACUUCUUCUAAGGAAGAGCAGAAACUUAUAGCAACAUCCAAUAAGCCAGCAGUAAAGUUGCUGUAUAACAGAAGUAAUAACAAAUAUUCCUACACCAGUAAUUCUGAUGACAACAUGCUGAAGAACAUCGAGCUGUUUGAUAAGCUGUCACUGCGGUUUAAUGGGAGAGUCCUCUUUAUUAAGGAUGUGAUAGGAGAUGAGAUUUGCUGCUGGUCUUUCUAUGGACAGGGGCGUAAGAUUGCUGAGGUCUGCUGCACCUCCAUUGUCUAUGCUACUGAGAAGAAACAGACAAAGGUGGAGUUCCCAGAAGCCCGAAUUUAUGAAGAGACACUGAACAUUUUGCUUUACGAGGCUCAGGAUGGACGAGGACCUGACAACGCACUUCUGGAGGCUACAGGAGGGGCAGCGGGCCGCUCUCAUCACCUGGAUGAGGAUGAGGAGCGGGAGCGCAUUGAACGUGUGCGAAGGAUUCAUAUUAAGCGUCCAGAUGACAGGGCACAUCUUCAUCAGUGAGGAGUGACAGCUGCAGACUGCACAGCCCUCUUGGGAAAGCUGUGGCCUGGCCUGCUCCAUUAUUUACAGUUGAUGAGCAGUCAACUUAUUUAUGUUCAGUGAAGUCUAUAAAAUUACAUUUUAUACCAGACUAGAUUUGGGGUAUUUAACGUGAAGUAGAGCUACUGGAGGAAUAAAGAAGGUAUCAAGGGUCAGAUCAGUGCAUUUGGUGUAAUGUCUCUGAAUUUUCAGCACUCCUUUUGCUGCUGUUUUGUGGUUAGAGAGGAGGAGUGUUCUCUUCCUUCUGCCUUUUAGUAUUUAUUCUGCACUUUCUCUAGGAUUUUCAAAGAGCUGUCCACCUUCCCUACAGACCCACGUUUACUCCAUCCCAUCUGAACCUCCUGUACAUGAGAAAUGCUAUUCUGUGCCACAGUGACGCUACAGAAACUAACCCCAUCUGCUUCAGCACUUUCUCCACUCUCCUCCCCACUGGACCUUUAAGGGGGAAGGCACCUUAGAUAGAAGUGCUUUAGCCUUGCUUUCAGAAGAUAAGGUUCUGUGGACGCUGGCUUCCCUCCAGAAUAGAGUUGCUUUGCGUGGUUUGAAAUAGCAGUGAUACUGUUUCAGAACCAGACCUGCUCUGGGGCUAGGUCUUGCUGGUUGGCAGAGACUGUUUUUUGUUGUUGAGUCUGAGUAGCUGCCAGCACUAAAUUUCAAAAUGCAGGCAGUAUGUUAAAGUGAGCUGGUUAUGGUAUCCCCUGCUUCAGCAUUGUGGUAAUGGUUCAAUGAAAGUGGUAUGCUAGGGCCUAGUGGAGAACCCUCAGCCUUUUUAUGGUGGAGUUCAAGGGUGGGAGAUAUUUAUGCUUUAUGUAAAUGGCGGGAUAGGAAUCAGACUUGCAUAACACUUUACCUAAGGUAUCCAGGAUUUCUACUGUAGUCAGUCACCAUUUAACAUUUACUCUUAAACGCAAAAUGUAACUUGAAGGUCAUGCUAGAUGACUUUUUCCACUUUCUCCUGAAUCAAUAGGGAUGUUUUUCUUUACAGCUGCCCUAGAUAACUCCCUCAUGGGCUACUACUAAACACCAUGUAAUCCUAGUCUAAAUAUGGAGCUAAUUACACAUUUGCUCAUAGCUGGAGUUCCAUAAGGGAUAUCAAGAGCUUUACCUCUAGUGCUGUUAUACUGGUGCCUACUGGGGAGAAAUGGGUGGCCAUCCUUUCAAGUGUUAAUAUCUCCAGCUAUUCUUCACUGUCUCUAUCACAGCAUAUUCUAGGCCAUCUGGAAGAAAAUGGCCACAAUAAUCUCUAGAAUACUAUAUAGACCUUUACAUUUUCUAAGAUUGCUCUUCUGCUGCAAAUGUGUUUUAUCUACCUCCUAGUCUCUUGUUGCAUAGUAGAGGGUCAAGUAGAAGUGAUGGUGGAAGUUCAUAUAUUAUUCAGAGGGAGUGGAUGUUGUUAAAAAUAAUAGCCAGAGUCAGUUCGUUCUAAGUUUUGGAAGGAAUAUAAAGCCUCAUGCUUCAGGGAUUUUGAAUGAGACCUUCACACAGGGCAGAUUGUCCCUCAUCUUCUGUUGUUGUUUCUUGCAGCUUCUGCUGAUGCAGAAUGGUAUUGGCCUCUCUUGGAGUUUGGAUGAUGGACUAGCUGGACCACCUGUCUUGUGUACCAUCCUGUUUUCCAGUAAUGUGGCUAGCGGGAAGUCUGACAAAAGUAAUGAUUAUACUGUAAAAUUAAUAUAGAUCUAUCAUCACUUAGCAUUUGUCAGAGGAAUAUUAGUUUUAAAGGCAUUACUAUCUUGGUUAGUGUCACUAGCUGUUGCUCCUCUAAAGUAAUGGUUGGUAGGAAUGGUAUAAAGCCAUACAUACACCUGCUUGUAGGGAUUACUGGACAAUCAAUAUUUUGACUUGUUUAUUCAAGGGUACAUCAUGCCUAGGAAAGUGAGUGUGGAGACUGCUUUUCAGAGGCAACUGUCUAUCAGCCAAAGAUGACUUUCAUGGUACAGCUCUGUUUCUAGUGCCUGUCUUCUAGACCCUCAAACAUUAACUUUCUAGUAGUAAAGUUAUGUAAAGAGGUCACUGUGGUAAAGCUAGUUUCAAACCAAACAGUCAGUGUAGCAUCUUGAACUGUGUGUAACUGACGGAUGUGGGCUUAAAGUGCAAUCAUAUCAGUGUUUUGUAUGUAGAUACUGUAAUACCCACCCCCACGUGUCUAAGAUUAGAGAAGCCCUGCUAGGGUCCAGUGUUUAAGCUCGGCUAUUCAUUUUAAUCUCAAGUCUGUACUGACAAAGGAAAUGGUUUGUCUGCCACAGCUACAUGUUCUUUGAUUUCUAAAACUCUUGUCACACUGAAGGAAGCUGUUUUGUCCCUCCCCUCCCCUGUCAUUGUUCAGUUGGGGGGAUUGUUAUCUACAAGCAGAGCUGGGGGCUGUAGGUGGUGGUG